AACGUGUGAGCAGAAGGGACGGGAAGAGAACGCCACGGCGCCGUCGUUUGUGCUAAAAUGACGACUUUAGUGCUUGAUAACGGAGCUUACAAUGCCAAAAUCGGUUACAGCCAUGAAAAUGUCUCGGUUAUUCCUAACUGUCAGUUCAGGUCAAAAACGGCGCGACUUAAAACUUUUACUGCUAACCAGAUAGAUGAAAUAAAGGACCCUUCUGGACUCUUUUACAUUCUUCCUUUUCAGAAGGGCUAUUUGGUGAAUUGGGAUGUUCAAAGACAAGUUUGGGAUUACCUUUUUGGAAAAGAAAUGUAUCAGGUUGAUUUUUUAGAUACUAAUAUUAUUAUCACAGAACCAUACUUUAACUUCACUUCCAUUCAAGAAUCAAUGAAUGAAAUCCUAUUUGAAGAAUACCAGUUCCAAGCAGUAUUAAGAGUAAAUGCUGGGGCUCUCAGUGCACAUAGAUAUUUCCGAGAUAAUCCUUCUGAAUUAUGCUGUAUCAUAGUAGAUAGUGGAUAUUCCUUUACACAUAUAGUUCCUUAUUGUAGAAGUAAAAAGAAAAAAGAAGCAAUUAUUCGGAUAAAUGUGGGAGGAAAACUCCUAACCAAUCAUCUAAAGGAGAUCAUAUCUUACAGACAGCUGCACGUUAUGGAUGAAACACAUGUGAUUAAUCAAGUGAAAGAAGAUGUAUGCUAUGUGUCUCAGGAUUUUUAUAAAGACAUGGAUAUCGCAAAGUUGAAAGGAGAAGAAAAUACAGUAAUGAUAGACUAUGUUUUGCCUGACUUCAGUACAAUUAAAAAGGGCUUUUGUAAGCCAAGGGAAGAGAUGGUGUUAAGUGGAAAAUAUAAAUCUGGGGAACAGAUUCUUCGUCUGGCCAAUGAGAGAUUUGCUGUUCCCGAAAUCCUCUUUAAUCCUUCUGAUAUAGGUAUUCAAGAAAUGGGAAUUCCAGAAGCUAUUGUCUAUUCAAUUCAGAACUUACCUGAAGAAAUGCAGCCGCAUUUUUUUAAGAACAUUGUUUUGACAGGAGGAAAUUCCCUUUUCCCAGGAUUUAGAGAUCGAGUUUACUCAGAAGUUCGAUGUCUCACUCCAACAGAUUAUGAUGUUUCUGUUGUGCUGCCUGAAAACCCUAUUACUUAUGCCUGGGAAGGUGGAAAAUUGAUAUCAGAGAAUGACGACUUUGAAGAUAUGGUAGUAACAAGAGAAGAUUAUGAAGAAAAUGGACAUAGCGUCUGUGAAGAGAAAUUUGAUAUUUAAGAAACAUUUCUGAAUGAAAGUUUUGACUGGUUGUGACUGAAAGGUUUAAUUUCAGUGUGCUUUUUAAAAAAGGUUAAGGACCUGUGUUACCUUUCAUCCUAAGAUAAAAUCUUAAACUUAUGUAAAUACUUUGAUCCAUGGCUAAUUUUCAAAGGUUUCUUAGCUAGGUUAUUAAUUAAACUGUAACUCAGUCCAUAUUUUCAUUUAGGAGCUAGACUACUAUAACAAUGCUUGUGUUGUUUCUGAGAGUAGGUUAUCUUUCAUUAGAAGGUGAAAGAGUGAAUGUAUGUUAAGUUUAAUUCUUCAUAGUUGAAAGCGCAAACUUAACUGUCUGAGUGGUCAGUUUUCCUUAGAAGGUAGUUGUGUGUGACUAUGACUAAGACUUGGCCAAAGUGUUUUCUAGCUGAUAUGAUUUCUCUCUCUCUUUCAGAACUAAUUAGUUUAUUUUAAAAUCGUCAUAAGGUUGGAAGGACUAAUCUUACGUGUGCUUUGAAGUUUUAUUUUUUACUUAGAGUAAGUUUGAAAGAAUGGAGAUUAAAGCCAAUUUACUAAAGUGUUUUUGGUUACUAUUGUGUUGGCAUAAAUGUAUUAUUUCACUCAUAAAAAUACUGUACCAUUUUUUUAGGAUGAAAAGAAAUUUGAAGUUGGGGUUGUUCAAAAACUCUCAAUACAAAUGUUAGUGUUUAGUUUUAAAAACUCUUUUAUUAUCCACGGUAAGCAUUUUAAAGUUAAAGGCUACAGCUUUCCAGUUUAAGGAAACAGCUGACAGAGACAUUAAUAAAUGGAUCAGGUAGGUUUCUUUGAUUGCAAACAGUAGAAACUCAUUUGGCAAUGCUAAGCAAACCAAAAGUUAUCAGGACAGAGGACAGCUCAUAAAAUCUAAGAAAAGGCUGGACUAGUAGCCUUAGGAAGAAUAAAAACCAGGAUAUCCUUAGGAGUCUAGGUUACAGAUACCAAGGGACAAUCCUUAUAGAGCCCUGCCAUCAAAAUAUCUCAGCUUCUGUAUUUUCUAUCUCAUGUCAUUGUGCUCAUGAAUCAAAUUCCUACCAGUCUCUUUACCCUGGUGAGGAUCAUGCACCUACCCCGUGGCUUCAGGGACUUGGACUGUCCUACUACGAUAGCCUAGAGUGAAAGAAGGUAGUUUUGCAAAGGAAAAUUAGGGUGAAGAGACAGUUGUUGAGCAGGGUGAAAGAGCUGUCCACUACAGUUACAUCUGGAUUGUAUUGGAUUAGGGCCUGGUCACUCCUUCCUAGACCUAGGCUGGUUAUCAUUCCAGAGUUGCAAAUUGUGAUUGUUUGUGUGAUACCCAGUUACUAGCAAAUAAUCUGUGGGCAGUGUAGCAAAAAGAUGCUGGUGGUAUAAAGGAAGGUUUUGGAUCCAUAGAGUGUAACAGUGCUAGAAUUUCAAGGUGAUGUGCUUGGAGCUAAAAAGCUAAGUCCCCAUUUAAAGGGCUUUCCAUGACUUGUCAGGAAUUCAUCUUGCGCAGGCAGAAUAUUAUCAUCACCAACCAGGGUGUUUUUCCUGUGAGGAACUGGGACAUUCCUCAAAGCUGCAUCCCCAAAACAUGCCCUAGCCUGAAGUCUCCUGGUAUGUUCUGCUGAGAACGAUGUGUGUUUUCACAUGCUUAUAGUAAACUGUAAUUUCUGUAUAGAG